AGAGCUGCCGAGGGCUGCGGGCUGCAGGAACGAACACGCUCUGGAAUUUGGUUUCUGCCCUGGCAGGCAGCUCCCUCUGCUUCUGCUUCCCGCCCCAUGGGGCCAGCCAGCGAGCCGACAAACUUGUUGUAUAGAAAGAAGGGAGAGGGGGAAACGCAAGUGCCGACACUUUGCAGCGUCCAGGAAAUAGUUUCCUAAAGCACACUCUCCCAGUAAAGUCGGAUGGACAAGGCUUUGCUGUCACAAUCUGCAGCCAAGAACUGGCUAUGUGAUUACAAAUAGCACUCGGCAGAGAAGAGACAUUUCCUGGUGAUUUCUGCUGGAGAUGUACUCCCCUGCCACAGAGUUCACCUUCCUUCCCUGAAGCUUCACAGCGUAACAAACUUGCCAAAGCACACUGUUCAAAUACAUCUGACCUGCAAGUUCUUCUGGAAUUUCAAAAAAGUUGCAAUAAAAAUACCAGAGAAGACGCCAAAUCACAGGAAUUCUUAACAAACCAUUAUAAUGGUAAGCUCUAAUUGUUCCAGUGAGGACUCCUUUAAAUAUACUUUGUAUGGGUGUAUCUUUAGCAUGGUGUUUGUUCUUGGCCUCAUAGCAAACUGUGUAGCGAUCUACAUUUUCACUUGUACUUUAAAAGUGCAAAACGAGACUACAACUUACAUGCUUAAUUUGGCCAUAUCAGAUCUGCUUUUUGUGUUUACAUUACCCUUCAGGAUUUAUUACUUUGUAACCAGAAACUGGCCAUUUGGAGACAUUCUCUGCAAGAUUUCUGUCACCCUCUUUUACACAAAUAUGUAUGGGAGCAUUUUGUUUCUGACUUGCAUCAGCGUGGAUCGCUUUUUAGCUAUAGUACACCCCUUCCGAUCCAAGACUCUCCGGACCAAAAGGAAUGCAAAGAUUGUUUGUGCUGCAGUAUGGAUAACUGUGCUAGCAGGCAGCACACCAGCAAGCUUUUUCCAGUCCACAAACCGCCGGAACAAUACGGAACAAAGGACGUGCUUUGAAAACUUUUCAGAGGACACGUGGAAAACCUACCUAUCCCGGAUUGUUAUCUUCAUUGAAACUGUUGGGUUUUUUAUCCCGCUCAUCCUGAACGUGACCUGCUCCACUAUGGUCCUACGGACCUUGAAUAAACCGCUUACAUUAAGCCGGAAUAAAGUAAGCAAGAAAAAGGUACUCAAAAUGAUUUUUGUCCAUUUGGUGAUAUUCUGCUUCUGCUUUGUGCCUUAUAACAUUACCUUAAUACUUUACUCCCUUAUGAGAACACAGACCUGGGUCAAUUGCUCAGUGGUGACUGCAGUCAGGACUAUGUACCCCAUAACUCUGUGCAUCGCUGUUUCAAACUGCUGUUUUGACCCCAUUGUCUAUUACUUCACAUCAGAUACCAUUCAAAAUUCCAUAAAAAAGAACCGGUCCACCAGACCACGGGAUGUCAGAUUCUCUGAAAGGCCAGUUUCAGAAAGCUUCAUUCAACAUAGCCUUCAGACCAUAAAAAUGAAAAUAUUUGACGGUGACUCUACAAUAUAAACUAUAUUAAAAGACUAUUGGGACUAAACUGGAAUUAGAAGCCUGCAUAUUUCUUCAGUUGUGGACAUAUAUUCUUAUAUGUAAAGGCUGUGCUUCCUUCACAUCUGAAAAAUUUAUUACAAGGCUGUAAUAGUGUUAAGCAUAGCAGCACACUGAAAAAGUAUUUUAAAAAUCUGUGUCAAAGGUCUGUUCUGACAGAUUGUAUGUUAGAAAUGAACUUUUGAGUUUAGAGGUUAACCAAAGUCCAAGGACUGUUUCUCAAGUCAAACACAAAUGAAAAAGUAGGUUGUUUUCCUUCCUGAACUUAAAACAGUUGCUCAAUUUAAUAAUGAUAUCAGCUUCCAAGUUACUGAGGUGAAGCUACCUGCUCCACACUGCAGGAAAAUUGCCCCACAUUCUCAUAUCACUUCAGCUAUACUGUGUCUUCCCCAGUUUCCUCUUGCUUCUCUUACUCAUCCCCUACUGUCUUUUUCCCCGUGCACCUUCCUUCUUAGGGACCAUUAUGUUCACAGGAGGCUUCAAUCAGUGGGUUACGAUAACUUUGUUUCUUCCAGGUUUAUCUGAUAAAAAUAAAUGCUCUCUCCACAAGGCUGGCCCCCAUAAAGCAAUUAUGUCUCCUGGUAGUUUAGAGCAUUUGGAAAUGUCGCAGACAAACUGGUUUUUCUUCUCACCGCUGUCUCAGAAGCCUGUGUGAUUAAAACAAAGUAACUUGUGA